GUGAGCAUCGAAUACGCUUUUCAAAACACGGAAGUAAUAUUAUCGGUAGAAAUGGAAUAGAAAGCUAAUAUAGCUAAUCUUUUGACAAGAACAAAACGAUAUAUUCGUUCCGUAUUAGUGAAAAUGUUCGGGGGGUCUUCUGGGUUCGACUAUCAUAUUAUUCCACAGAAGGACCUUGGCAAUGCUCCGGGUCUGUACUCAUCUUCUCCCACCUUGGGUCAGUUUAACAGUGGACACUCCUUUGACUACGUCCCUAGAAUAAAAGACAACGAUUUUGCCGACAAAACCCAAGGACUACUUUCGUGGAUAUGCAACUUAAUUGUCAUUUUUUUGGUUUUUCUUUGCACACUUAUUACAUUUCCCAUAUCCGCAUGGUUUGUAUUGAAAACAGUGCCCAACUAUGAGAGAGUCGUUGUAUUCCGAUUGGGUCGCAUCCGACCUCCUAAAGGGCCAGGAGUAGUCCUGGUGCUCCCAUUAAUCGAUCAGUGGCAAAGAGUGGACUUAAGGACGAGGGCUUUCAAUAUCCCACCAUGCAAGGUGACUACUAAAGAUGGUGGACUGGUGUCUGUCGGAGCAGAUAUCCAGUUCCGUAUCUGGAAUCCGGUGAUGUCGGUGGUGGCUGUGCAGGACCUGAAUGCGUCCACUCGGCUCACGGCACAGAAUGCCGUGACCCAGAGUCUGUCCAAAAGGACUGUGAGAGAAAUACAGACAGGGAGAGUGAGACUUGGCGAGCACCUUGGAAUAGACAUAAAUGAGCUGACAAAGCUGUGGGGGCUGGAGGUGGACCGGGUGGAGCUGACCCUGGAAAGUGUGCUCCAUGCUCCAGAGCAACUACACUCAGGGCCCCUCAUCAUGCCUCCCUCUGUCCCUGGCCUGGAGGGCCUUACAGGGCCACUACAGCAACUUGCUAUGCACUUCCUGGAGAAAACCCAAGCAGUCCCCCAGCCUGCUAAAGAUACAGUGAGAUUCACCAACGAGCUCAGCAUGCAGGCCCCAGCAGUCGAGAGCAGUGUGGAGGACCUCCUGGCAGCGGUGAGACUGGUACUGUCGGAGAGCUUGGUUAAGAAAGUGGGAGCAUGCUUCCAGUUCUACAUCAGCACCAGUACUGGAAAAAGGGACAGCUACUACGUGGAUCUGACUAAAAAUAGCGGGACAUGUGGUGCAGGAGAGGUGACAGAGCCUGAUGUCUCUCUGAGUAUGAGUGAGGAGGACUUGUUGGCUAUGUUCCAGGGUAGUCUGCAGCCAUUCGCUGCCUACGCCAGUGGCCGACUGAGAGUGCAGGGAGACCUGGCCACAGCCAUGAAGCUCCACAGCCUCGCUUCUCUCCUCAGGCCUUUGUGAGGCCUGUUUACACCUGCCCCUUAGUGAAGAUUUUCAUUUCACGCCUUCAUGUAGCUAUUUUCAAAACAUACACUUAAUAUAUUGCAGCUGUUUAUAUCACCUAUAUUAUGAAAAUUCUUUACCUAAAUUGUAUAAAGACUAAAUUAAAAAGACAUGAUGGGGGGGGGGAAAAAAAAAUCAAAAUGUAUUUUGUGGAUUAUUUAUGGUUAGUCAGGAAAGACAUCAGAACAAAGAGACUGAUGCCUAGAACAUGGGUUCUGCUAUAUAAAUAUGAAAAAUCAAAAACUUCCAUUGCCACGUCAACUUCAUAUUGUAGUGUCCCUGUGGAAGCACUUGUAGGAUAAGAUUUAGCUCAUAAACCCCACUUCAUUAACAGGCAAAAUAGAGGGAGGUUACCUAAAAUACAGUGCAGACACGAAGAAGAUGGACCAUCCUAAUUAAAUCUGUACACUCAAACCAUGCUUUUACAAACAAAAUCAAACACUAGUUUUAAACUAAUUUAGUUUGCCUCUCUCUUUGUGGCUAAUGCUGGAUGCCACAAUAUAAUAAUAGUCACUGUUUGUUUAAGUAAUAAUAUUGUGAUUAAACUAAUCCUUGAAGAUUA